GGCCUUUGGGUUUUUGCCACAAAAUACCGGCCCUUUCCUAGGUUCCUUCCCAAAUUUCGCAGCCAAUUUUUACUCUUCCACCUGAACUUGAGGAGAGAAUAAUAAAUAAAGAACCCUAACUUUCUUCCUUCAGGGACUUGCAAUUUCGAAAGGUUUGAUAUCCUUUUUCGUACAUGGGCGGAGGCGAUCUCAUUAUGUCCGUAGCAGACAUCAGGAUGGAAAAUGAGCCUGAUGACUUAGCUAGCGAUAAUGUUGUAGCGGAGAUUGACGUGAGCGACGAAGAGAUUGAUGCCGAAGACCUUGAGAGACGGAUGUGGAAGGACCGUGUCAGGCUCAAAAGAAUCAAAGACCGAACUAAAACCGAAGAAGCUUCUCAAACGAAGGAGUCGCAGCCUAAGAAGAUCUCUGAUCAAGCGCAGAGGAAGAAAAUGUCCAGAGCUCAAGACGGUAUACUCAAGUACAUGCUAAAGCUCAUGGAAGUCUGCAAAGUCCGUGGCUUCGUCUACGGUAUCAUACCCGAAAAGGGGAAGCCUGUGAGCGGUUCCUCUGACAACAUAAGAGCUUGGUGGAAAGAGAAGGUGAAGUUCGACAAGAACGGUCCAGCAGCGAUUGCUAAGCAUGAGGAGGAGUGUUUAUUAGCUUUCGGGAAGUGGGAUGGGAAUAGAAACUCUCAGUUUGUUCUGCAGGAUUUGCAGGAUGCUACUUUAGGGUCUUUGCUGUCUUCUCUGAUGCAGCAUUGUGAUCCUCCGCAGAGGAAGUAUCCUUUGGAGAAAGGGAUGCCUCCGCCUUGGUGGCCGAGUGGGGAUGAAGAGUGGUGGGUGAAGAAGCUUGGACUGGGGAAAGGACAGAGUCCUCCUCCUUACAAGAAGCCGCAUGAUCUCAAGAAGAUGUGGAAAGUUGGGGUUUUGACGGCUGUGAUCAAUCAUAUGUUGCCGGAUGUUGCCAAGAUCAAGAGGCAUGUUCGCCAGUCUAAGUGUUUGCAGGACAAGAUGACGGCUAAGGAGAGCGCGAUUUGGCUGGCGGUUUUGAACCAAGAGGAGGAGGAGUCUCUCAGUGACAAUGGAGCUUCUAAUGUAACUGAGACACACCGGAGAGGUGAUAACGAAGAGAGGAGAAAGACUGUGAUUAAUAGUGACAGUGACUAUGAUGUUGAUGGGACGGAGGAGGCUUCAGGUUCUGUUUCUUCUAAAGACAAUAGAAGAAAGCAAACUCAAAAAGAACAACCAACAGACACUUCACAACCAGUAAGAGAUCAAGAUAAAGCAGAUAAACACCGGAGAAGGAAAAGACCUAGAAGAACUGUCAAUGGACAAGAGGAAGAACAGCCAGAAGAAGCUGAACAGAGAAAUAGUUUACCUGAUAUGAAUCAUGUUGGUGCUCCUCUGCUAGAAUAUAACAUAAACGGUACUACUCAUCAACAAGAAGAGAGUGUUUUAGAACCGAACAUCGCCUUAGGACCAGAGGAAAACGGUCUGGAGUUGGUGGUGGUUCCUGAGUUCAGUAACAACUAUGCUUACCUUCCUCCUGUCGAUGGACUAGCUAUGAUGCAUGUAGACGAAAGGCCAAUGCUUUACGAACCAAACCCAAACCAGGAGUUGCAGUUUGGAUCAGGCUAUAACUUCUAUAAUCCAUCUGCAGUGUUUGUGCAUAAUCAGGAAGAGCAUACACAGAUAGAAAUGAACGCACAAGCACCGCCUCACAACUACGGCUUUGAAGCCCCAGGAGGAGUACUUCAACCCCAUGGGAAUGAGGACAGCGUCACAGGAAGAGAUUUGCCGACUCAGUUUCAGAGUGACCAAGUUAAACUCUUGGACGGUAGCAUUCUGUCUCCAUUCGAUGACUUGGCGUUUGAUAGUAGCACCUUUUACUCUGGAUUUGAUUCAUAUGGUGCAUUUGAUGAGGAGUGCUUAUCAUGGUUUGCAGCUUAGUUUCUUAAACGUUUUUUGUUGGGAGGUUACAUGGUAAGUUUGUGUCACACCACUCCAUCUUGUAUAUUUUACUCUUUUUAGUUUAUAAAUUUUCAUGUUUUCUUAACUAUUUCUUUUACUUUUCUGAUUAGUAACAGUGUAAUUCUCUAUUUAGAUUUGUUAAGAGAAACAAUUGUUUUCCUUUUGAAUAAUUUGCCAGACACCUAUGAUUUUCCCUGUUGUAAUAUUCGCCAGGGAAAACAGUGUGUGUCUUCUGUAAACUAACCCUGUGAGUUAUUUAUCAAGUUAAUUAAAUUA